UUAGCCUAUUUACGAGUAUCAUCCAGAAAAGAAAAAUAAACCCCAAACUUUCUAACUAGGGUUUAUCAUUUUGACUUACACCUCCAUAUUUCUCACAGUAAUCCAGUCAAUCAAUGGAAUCCAACGGCGGCGCCGACGAAUCAUCACGGUUGCUCCUUGAACUCGAGUCAUUAAAGGAAUCCAAGCGAGAAAUCGAAUCUCGGAUAUCAGUAAUUGAAUUUCAAAUUCAAAAUAUUAAAUCAAAUAAUAAUAAUAAAAAAGAAGAAGAAGAAGAAAAUAUUGAAUUUGGUCAUGAUUUGAGUCCAGAUAUGAUAUAUAGAUAUAGCCGUCAGCUUUUACUUCCUUCCUUUGGUGUUCAAGGGCAGUCAAAUCUCUUGAAGUCUUCAAUUUUAGUCAUCGGGGCCGGGGGUUUAGGAUCGCCUGCUCUGUUAUAUCUAGCAGCCUGUGGUGUAGGGCGCUUAGGCAUGGUGGAUCAUGAUGUUGUUGAGCUAAACAAUCUUCACAGGCAGAUCAUCCAUAGUGAAGCAUACAUUGGUCGUUCCAAAGUAGAGUCUGCUGCUGCAGCUUGUCGCUCGAUUAAUUCAACCAUUGAAGUAGUGGAACACAAAGAGGCUUUACGCACAUCCAAUGCGCUGGAGAUUGUGAACAAAUACGACAUUGUAGUAGAUGCAACAGAUAAUGCUCCCAGCCGAUACAUGAUCAGUGAUUGCUGUGUUUUACUGGGAAAGCCUCUUGUAUCAGGUGCUGCAUUGGGUUUGGAAGGGCAGCUUGCAGUUUACAAUUACAAUGGAGGCCCAUGUUAUCGAUGUCUUUUUCCAACUCCACCACCCACAACAGCAUGCCAGAGGUGCUCAGACAGUGGAGUUCUAGGUGUAGUUCCUGGUGUUAUUGGUUGUCUUCAGGCCCUAGAGGCUAUCAAGGUGGCAAGCUUGGUUGGCGAGCCACUUUCAGGAAGGAUGCUUCUUUUUGAUGCAUUGUCUGCCCGGAUUCGCAUUGUGAAGAUUAGAGGAAGGUCAUCGCAGUGCGAAGCUUGUGGAGAUAAUCCAACUUUAACACGCCAACAAUUUCAGCAUUUUGAUUAUGAGAAAUUCACUCAAUCGCCAUUGUCUACUGCUCCUUUGAAGUUAAAAUUGCUGACAAUGGAUUCUAGAAUAAGCAGCAAAGAAUACAAUGAGGUUGUUAAAAAGGGCGAGCCACAUGUCUUGAUUGAUGUACGGCCAUCCCACCAUUAUAAGAUAAUUUCUCUUCCGAAGUCCAUGAAUGUACCUCUUGCAACUUUGGAAGGUAGGUUGCCUGAGAUAUCUUCUGCAUUAAAAUCAGUGCAGGAUGUCGAUGGAAAUCAUACUGGCCAAGAUGCAAGUAUAUAUGUUGUUUGCAGAAGAGGUAAUGAUUCACAGAGGGCCGUUCAGUUGCUUCAUAACCUGGGUUUUCCAUCUGCAAAGGAUAUUGUCGGUGGAUUGGAGUCAUGGGCACAUGAUGUGGACAAGAGAUUUCCAACCUAUUAGGACGUAUGUUUUAAUGUGAUCCUUAUAUGAAACAUGAUCGUGUUUUGAAUGAUUAUGAUGCAUCAAGUUCUUUUACCAGUUUAUGAUGAGCAAAUUUUUGGAAUAUUAAAUCUGCCGAUAUGUUAUUUGUGUUUGCCAUCUCA